AUGAAGAAAGAAGUCAAGCUGCACGCAAUCCACAACCAAAAGAGAAAAGCCACUCAAGGGCAGAGGGAUAUUGCUCAUCAAUGUCCGUUGUCGAUCCGGUCAUCAACAUCUGCUUUUCUUCGCGACAAGAAUGGUUAUAUCCUGGCAGUCGAAGGAACUCGGCAAAAUGACCCCGUAACUUCGGGAGAAGGGGUGUUCUCCAAUCUUUUGAUUAGGGAAGCGGCACAUACUAGGGGGUAG